UUGUAAGCCUCCAAAGUUACCCACUGUCAAUAAUUAGCUGAUUCUGAUUGGGGAUUCUGAAGCUGUCUGUCUGAGUUAUAUGCUCUCUUCCAAGGCUCGAGGAAUUCUGGAGCUGCUGGCUGGAGAGGAGGGUGGAUCAAGCUCUUCCUAGAAAGACAUCCUGAGAGGAACUGGCCGGUCUGAACAUGUAUUGGCUGCGAAAACUUCAGGGACUUCGCGCCCUCUGGGGUACUCAGAUGCCCAGCCAUGCUCUCCAUAUUAAUAAUAGGCAACUGGUGUCUGUGCAGUGGGGCCACCUGGAAGUUCAACCCACGUUUAACUUUGCGAGAGAUGUGAUAGAUCACUGGGCUGAGAUGGAGAAGGUUGGCAAGCGACCCCCAGACCCAGCCCUGUGGUGGGUAAAUGGGAAUGGGGAGGAAGUGAUGUGGAACUUCAGAGAACUGAGUGAAAUCAGCCAGCAGGCAGCCAACGUCCUCUCGGAAGCAUGUGGCCUGCAGCGUGGGGACCGUGUGGCAGUGGUGCUGCCCCAAGUACCUGAGUGGGGGCUGGUGAUACUGGGCUGCAUUCGAGCAGGCCUCGUCUUUAUGCCUGGGACCAUCCAGAUGAAAUCCACCGACAUACUGUAUAGGUUGCAGAUGUCUAAGGCCAAGGCUAUUGUGGCUGGAGAUGAAGUGUUCCAAGAAGUGGACACAGUGGCAUCUAAGUGUCCUUCUCUGAGAAUUAAGCUACUGGUGUCUGAGAAAAGCUGGGAUGGGUGGCUGAACUUCAAGAAACUACUAAAGGAGGCAUCCACCACUCAUCGCUGUGUGGUGACUGGAAGCCAGGAACCAUCUGCCAUCUACUUCACUAGUGGGACCAGUGGUCUUCCCAAGAUGGCAGAACAUUCCCAUUCGAGCCUGGGCCUCAAGGCCAAGUUGGAUGCUGGUUGGACAGGCCUGCAAGCCUCUGAUGUAGCCUGGACCAUAGCAGACACAGGUUGGAUAGUGUACAUCGCAUGCUCAUUAGAAUCUUGGGCAACAGGAGCAUGCACAUUUGUUCGUCUUUUGCCAAAGUUUGACCCACUGGUUAUUCUAAAGACACUGUCCAGCUACCCAGUCAAAACCAUGCUGACUGCCCCCCUUGUUUACCGGAUGUUGCUUCAGCAGGAUCUUUCCAGUUACAAGUUCCCCCACCUACAGAACUGUUUAACUGGAGGGGAAACUCUUCUUCCAGAAAUUCUGGGAAACUGGAAGGCCCAGACAGGACUGGACAUCCGAGAAUUCUAUGGCCAGACAGAAACGGGAUUAACUUGCAGAGUUUCCAAGACAAUGAAAAUCAAACCAGGAUACUUGGGAACAGCUAUUCCCAAUUAUGAUGUGCAGGUCAUAGAUGAUAAGGGCAAUGUACUGCCCCCUGGCGAAGAAGGAGACAUUGGCAUCAGGGUCAAACCCAUCAAACCUAUAGGCAUAUUCUCUGGCUAUGUGGACAAUCCUGAGAAGACAGCAGCCAACAUUCGAGGGGACUUUUGGCUCCUUGGAGACCAGGGAAUCAAAGAUGAAGAUGGAUAUUUCCAGUUUUUGGGGCGGGCAGAUGAUAUCAUUAACUCCAGCGGGUACCGGAUUGGGCCUUCGGAGGUAGAGAAUGCGCUGAUGGAGCACCCUGCCGUGGUUGAGGCAGCUGUGAUCAGCAGCCCAGAUCCCAUCCGAGGACAGGUGGUGAAGGCAUUUGUGGUCCUGGCCUCACAGUUCCUGUCCCAUGACCCAGAGCAGCUCACCAAGGAGCUGCAGCAGCAUGUGAAGUCAGUGACAGCCCCAUACAAGUACCCAAGAAAGAUAGAAUUUGUCUUGAACCUGCCCAAGAGUGUCACAGGGAAAAUUCAACGAGCCAAGCUUCGAGACAAGGAGUGGAAGAAGUCUGGACAAGCCCGUGCCCAGUGAGAUGUCUACAAGGCUCUCAUUUGGAUUCCCCUAUUCUUUUUCUUUCUUUUCCCUUUGGGCCCUUGGCCUUCCUGUGAUGAUAUGAGAUUCUUUAUGAAAGAACAUGAAUGUAAUUUUUGUCUUUCCUUGGUUAUUAGCACAAAACAUUACCAUGUUAGUUGCUGAAAGAAGAAAGAAAAGGAAUGAAAGAGAGUGAAAAGGAGAGUGUAACAGAAAAA